AAUGAUAAUAGACAAUAAAGAUAUUUAAAGAGUGAAAUAAAUUAGCAAAAACAAUUUCAUGAAGAGGUUUGUCUAAAAUUAGAGAAAGUAUAAAGAAGAAGGGUUAUUUGUUGGAAUUCGGAAUGUUUGGCUCCUGAAACCCCUGAAAUUUAUAGUGAUUGAUUGUUAGGGAUUGAUAAUCGUAUAAAGUCGUUUUUAUUUAAUUAAUAUUAAAAUCAUGAAAUCCUUAAUCUUGAUUGCCCUCAUUGCUGUAGCCUUUACAGCCAGAGUUUAAGAGAGAAACAUGGCUAAAGUCUAAGCUGAUUUAGCUAAAAGUACAUAUGGAAAGGCAUUACUUCAUUUGGUUGAGUUACACUCAAUGGCAGGUGGACCAGUUUAAGAGUUAAUCGAUGCUAUCGAAGAACUCAUUAAUGACUUAGAAGAAGAAUUAGAAACAUUAGAAUUCAAUUUCUAAGUGAGAACAAACGAACAUAAUGCACUUGUUGUCUCUCUUGAAUAAGACAUCCAAGAUGCAGUUAUUGGUAUUUCAAAAAUUUAUGUAUAGAUGUCAACAACACAUAAGACACUCUUGAUAAUUUACUUUAUCCAAGAAGAGAUCAAAUCUAAAGCAAAAUUGAUACCGUUAUUGGAUACUAAGAAGAGAAUAGAAAGAACUAUGAUGAAGCAGUCCUUGUUAGAGAAUAAGAGCAUGAAGCAUUUGAAGCCUAAGUUGCUGAAUUAAAUGAUGCAACUGCUUCAGUUGAUGAUGCACUUGCUUUACUUUCAUCAUUGACAAAUCCAUCAUUGUUGUAAAUCAAAAGAUUCUAAAAUACUUUGAAAAAUAUUGAAAAUAAAUUAAGAUCAAGAUCAAGAAUGGCCCCAAUGAUCAAGGCUCUCAUUAGUUUAGCUUCCAAUCAAAACUUUUCAAAUUAAGAUGUCUUGAAAUCUAUUGUUGAUGCUCUUAAUGAUUUCAGAAAUGCUGUUGUUGAUUAAAUCAAUGAUUUAACAGCUUAAGAGGCUCAAGAUGUUGCUGAUCAUGAAGCUUAUCUUGAAUAAUUGGAUUCAGAAUUUGCAGAAUUUGGAAGAUAAAUUGACAGAGCAACUGUAGAUUUGACUGCAACCAAUGGUAUUAAUUAAUAUUAUAUAUUUUAUAGAAAAGAUUGACUCAAUGGUUGAAUUUAGAGACUAAAGAGCAGCUGAUUAAAAAUAAUACACUGCUGAAUUAGAAUUGGAAAAUAACACCUAUGCUGAAGAAACCGAUAUUUACACCAAUACCAAGAAUGAAUUCACUAGAGAAUUGGGAGUCAGUGAAUAGGCUUUAGCACUUGUUAAAAGUGUUGAUUUCUCAAACAUCUAGGUUUGAUAUUAAUAAAAUAUACACAUCAAUUAUUACAAUCGUAUAAUUAU